AUGGGCCCUGCGGCGGUCGCCGUGCUGGUCAUCCUCUGCGCCGCCGGCGCCGAGGCCCGCGUCCCGGCCGGUCACCUCGCGACGAGGCGGCGCGACAGUGUUCCCGCGGGCGUGGGUGCGUGCGCGCUGGCCGUGGCGCCCUUCGGCUACCCCUGCGAGGAGCACACGAUGACGACGGUGGACGGGUACAUCCUGAGCCUGCAACGGAUCCCGAGGGGGCGGCGCCCCAGCGGCGGCGGCGGCGCGGGGCAGCCGGUGCUCCUGCAGCACGGCGUUCUCACGGACGGCAUGACAUGGCUGCUGAGCUCGCCGGAGGAAUCGUUGGCGUACAUCCUCGCGGACAGCGGCUUCGACGUCUGGGUCGCCAACAACAGGGGCACCAGGUGGAGCAGCCGCCACGUCUCCCUCGACUCCUCCUCCCGGAGGUACUGGGACUGGUCGUGGGACGACCUGGUGGUGAACGACAUGCCGAGCAUGGUUGACUAUAUCUGCAGCCACACGGCGCAGAAGCCGCACUUCCUCGGCCACUCCAUGGGGACGCUGGUGGCGCUGGCGGCCUUCUCGGAGGGCAGAACGGUGGACAAGCUCAAGUCGGCGGCGCUGCUGACCCCGGUCGCCUAUCUGUCCCACAUGACCACCCCCCUCGGCAUACUGCUAGCCAAGGCAUUCGUCGGAGAGCUCAUCACCAUCCUCGGUGUGGCGGAGUUCAACCCAGUAACGCCGGCGGUGGCGAGCCUCUUCAAGGAACUGUGCCGCCAUCCUGGAACCAACUGCUACGACCUCCUCACAGACUUCACAGGGAAGAACUACUGCCUCAACAGCUCGGCCGUGGACGUCUUCCUCCAGUACGAGCCGCAGCCGACGUCCACCAAGACCAUGGUGCACCUCGCCCAGACGUUCCGCGACGGCGUGCUGUCCAAGUACGACUACGUGUGGCCGGGCGUGAACGUGGAGAAGUACGGCCAGCCGGACCCGCCGGCGUACAACAUGUCCAACAUACCGCCGGGCUUCCCGCUCUUCCUCAGCUACGGCGGCCGGGACGAGCUGGCCGACCCCGUCGACGUCGGCCGCCUCCUCGGCGACCUCCGGGGCCACGACCCCGGCAGGCUCACGGUGCAGUACCUGGAGCAGUUCGCGCACGCCGACUUCGUCAUCGGCACCUGCGCCAAGGACUACGUCUACAAAGACGUCGUCUCCUUCUUCAACCGCUUCAACUAG